ACUACCAUGUGUUCAUGAAAGCACAGACUUACCUGACCUUCCCGAUUUCAAACCUGAUGCCACACCUUACUGCCAUGUCUGCGGUGCUUAAGACAGGCCAACGGCUUUUUGAUUGUUUUCAGUGCAAGAACAUGCAAAUAUAAGCAAAGUAAACGUAAAGUCUUUAUCUACAGUUUCUUGUUUUGAAAUGAAAGGGCUCAAAAGUCGUAUCUCCCUGCCAACCUUCAACCUAUAAAUGUUUGAGACUCGGGCCUGAAAAUGGCAGAAAAGCUGUAGAGCUGUCCAAGAUCUGUCCUUCAUCAUCACACAGACAGAAGACUCAAGUUGGAGAGAGAGCGGAAGAUUGUGGAAUAACAUACAAAUAUUGCAUGAACAUGACUGUUCUUUCAUCACACUGUCAGUGAAUGCACUGGAAACUCCAUGCGGAAAGGCCAAGGACACUCCAAGCCUUCCUGUUAGAUGGGCACGCUCUUCUAUCACUAACAGGUCCAGAAAGCAACCUGGAAACCAAAUUGUCCUUCCAGACUCUUGAGUGAUGGGAGACCUAAGCAUCAGCCAGCGAAUCGAUGCCUUUGGAGACUCCGGCUGUCUUUCUGCUGCUGUCCAGAAGUUCUCCCAGUCGUUGCAGGAGUUCCAGUUUGAGUGCAUAGGUGAUGCUGAGACAGAUGACGAGGUCAACAUUGCCCAGUCUUUCAAAGAGUUCUCCCAGCUGCUGAACACCGUUGAAGAGGAAAGAAGGCGCCUGAUUCAGAAUGCAGAUGAUGUCUUGAUUACUCCCUUGGAAAAAUUUCGGAAGGAGCAAAUUGGAGCAGCGAAGGAGGUAAAGAAGAAAUUUGAUAAGGAGACGGAAAAAUACUACUCCACACUUGAGAGACAUCUCAACCUGUCAUCUAAAAAGAAAGAGGCCUAUCUCCAGGAGGCUGACACGCAGAUUGAUAAGGAGAGGCAGCUCUUUUAUGACACAUCCCUUGAGUAUGUUUUCAAAAUUCAGGAAGUGCAAGAAAAGAAAAAAUUUGAGUUUGUUGAGCCGCUCUUGGCCUUUCUUCAGGGUUUGUUUACAUUUUACCAUGAAGGAUAUGAGUUGGCUCAUGAAUUUGAGCCGUACAAACAGCAGCUCCAGUUCAACCUACAGAACACAAGAAACAACUUUGUGAGCACCAAGCAGGAAAUGGAGAAGCUGAUGAACAGGAUAAGGUCUGCAGAUCAGGACUACAAACCCCCCGGCGAGUGGACGAUGGAAGGCUUCCUGUACGUCCAGGAGAAGCGUCCUCUGGGAUGCGCCUGGACGCGUCACUACUGCGCGUAUGACAAAGGAAGCAAGACCUUCACCAUGAGCAACACGGAAAACAAGUCAGCCGGGAAACAGAAUGGCCUCGUCUUGAAUCAGCCAGAGACUUUCAAGCUCAAGUCCUGCAUUCGGAGGAAAACGGACUCCAUCGACAAGCGCUUCUGCUUUGAUAUCGAAGUGGUGGAGAGAAAUGACAUCUGUCGAGGAACUCUUUUCAGACCACUUCAGUUUUUCUGUAAAGUCCGGCAUGGCGUAAUGACGCUGCAGGCGCUGUCAGAGUCCAACAGAAGACUGUGGCUGGAGGCCAUGGAUGGCAAGGAGCCGAUUUACAACCUGCCAGCCAUACUAAGCAAAAAAGAGGAAACGUAUCUUAACGAGGCAGGUUUUAACUUCGUGAGGAAAUGCGUUGACCUGGUCGAGACGAGAGGCAUCCAUACAAUGGGGCUGUACAGAAUUGGAGGGGUAAACUCCAAAGUACAGAGGCUGAUGAGUACGGUCUUUUCUUCCAAGGCACCUGUGGAUGUGGAGCUGGAUCCUGAGAUGUGGGACAACAAAACCAUCACCAGUGGUCUGAAGAAUUACCUCAGGUGCCUCUCUGAACCUCUCAUGACUUUCAAGCUGCACAAAGAUUUCAUCAUGGCUGUCAAGUCUGAUGAUCAAAACUACAGAGUGUGCGCUGUUCAUGCUUUGGUUCAUAAGCUGCCGGAGAGGAACAGGGAAAUGCUGGAGUUACUGAUAAAACACCUGGUCAUAGUUUCUGCACAAAACCAGUCCAACCUGAUGACGGUGUCCAACCUGGGUGUUAUCUUCGGGCCGACGCUGAUGCGGUCGCAGGAGGAGACGGUGGCUGCUAUGAUGAACAUCAAGUUUCAGAACAUCGUGGUGGAAAUUCUGAUCGAGAACUUCAACAAGCUCUUUCACCAGCCUCCUGAUCCCAACGUGCCUCUGCCGCAGCCGCAGAGUCGGACCGGCUCCCGCAGGAGCAGAGCCAUCUGCCUGUCCAAGGGGCCCCGCAAGCCGCGCAGUCUUUACGCCCCGACGCUGUGCCUGGCAGAUGCAGAAAGCCCCUGCAUAGGUGACACCUUGAGCAGCAGUCCAAGCAGCACCCCUACAGGCAGCAUGGAGUCUCUGUCGUCCCACUCCUCAGAGCAGAACACCACCUCCAAAACCGCUUCCUCUGGAGCAGGACGGUGCCUCAGCAGGUCGGACCUCCUCCGCCGGACCCCGUCGCAGCUCUCGAACAGCCCCAGGAGCGCGCCGUGCGUCAGCAGCCCCGAGUCCAGCUCCAGGGAGGAGGGAGGUCGAACGGAUGGGGAGUCUGAGGACACUUUCAGCCUGUCCUCAGUCAGCACAACACCUCGACUGUCUCCCGCACCCAAAAAAGCCCCCCACUGCCGCUCUGACCUCAAGCCGGUGCUGCCGAGUCGCUCCGUUUCUCCCUCACUGAAAUCACUGCCAGGAUCUGACGGCCAGCGGAGCUGUUCUGGUUCUGUCCAAAGUUUAUCAACACUGGAGACCAAAGAGAGCCUAAAGCCUGGUGAUCACCCCACCCUUCCACCGAAGCAAGUCAUCCGCCGCAGGGCAGACGCGUCGGUGAACAACGGCUACCAGAGGCCAGGCUCAGUGGUUGCUGCCAGAGCGCUGCUUUUUGAAAACCCCUCUUCUUCACAAUCUGUCCCUAUAGGAAGAGAUGCCAAGGCCAUGUAUUCCUGUGAGGCAGAGCACAGCAAUGAGCUCAGCUUUCCUCAGGGGGCGCACUUCUCAAAUGUCUACCCCUCCGUCGAACCAGGCUGGCUCCAAGCAACAUACGAGAGCAAAACAGGUUUAAUCCCAGAGAAUUAUGUUGUUUACCUGUAAAAGAAGCUAACCCUGCCAUAUUUUUUAUGAUGGCAAUGGAAAAAGAACUCUGUGCUCACUGUUAAGUUCCCAAUAUCCAGUUCCCUGACAGAGAAUCAUCAUUUGACAUGAAUCUCUUAUUCAUUUUGGAUUUGGAGUGACAUAUUUGAAUCGUUUUUUUGGGGGGGUUCCAGAGUGAAAUGGUAAUGCAAUAAAGGGAGAAUUAAGAUGCGUUUGGACAGGAUAAGAAAAAAGACAUUUUACAUUUGCCUUCGAACUUAUAAAGCAAAGCUGAAAGUGCCAAAGCACUACUUUGGAAGUAUCUCCAAAAUUGCUACCUGUAAACUUCAAGGCAACAAUAAAAUACCGUUUUACUUAGAUUGUCCCAGAUUCCUCAAUACAUCCCAGUAAACCUAAAUCCAUCCUACUACUUUGAUUUAUUUUGAAAACAAGAACUGAGUGCGCAAGUUUGGCUUUAUUGUGGAUUUUCUUUAAUCCAUACAGUCAAAGUUGUACAUAUAAUGCACUAAUAUUGAAUAUAGUUACGGUCAAGGUCCAGGAACUGAAUAUUAGAUUUCUUCAUCCAUUCCCAUUUAAGCAUUUAAAGAGUGAAAUUUGCAGAUGAAAAGCCAAAUGUCUUCAGGAGAAAUGUCUCAUGAUCAGAUGCUCAGAUCAAAGACUGAGCUCCUUACCUGCAAUGGCAGGAACAACUGGAGGAGUUUAAGUAAGACUGGAUUUAUGAAAGGUCUUUCAAAGCCAGAAAAAGUUUUACCAGAUUUUUAAUGUCAGGUUCUAAAUUAUCCAUCCAUCCAUUUUCUUACACCCUUGUCCCUCAGUGGGGUCAGGAGGGUUGCUGGUGCCCAUCUCCA